UUAACGACUCGGACGUUGUAAAUGUGCCGUUCAGGAUGAAGAAGGCAGAGAUUCCGUGUCCGGAGGUGGUGCUGCUGAAGAAACACAUCCUGGUGAUGUCGUUCAUCGGUAAAGACCACAUCCCUGCUCCCAAGCUGAAAGACGUGGUGCUGAGCUCAGAGGACAUGAAGACCGCCUUCUACCAGGUCCUACAUGUGAUGCAGCAGCUGUAUCAGGAGUGUAAUCUGGUUCACGCUGAUCUCAGUGAAUACAACAUGCUGUGGCACGAAGGAAAGGUGUGGUUGAUAGAUGUGGGUCAGUCGGUGGAGCCCACUCAUCCUCACGCUCUGGAGUUCCUCUUCAGAGACUGCAGGAACGUUGCGACGUUCUUCCAGAAGAGAGGAGUGAGUGAAGCGAUGAGUGUUUACGAGCUUUUCAACACCGUGAGCGGACUGAACAUCCCUGUUGGUGAAGAAGAAGAGGCCGAGUUCAUAGCUGAGAUUGUGGCGUUGGAGAAGAGGAACGAGGAUCACGUUCAGCAUCGAGGGAAGAAGACGUUUCCUGUUUCCUCUGAAGACGAAGAGCCUCCGUUACAACCCGACUCUGACGACUAACACCCCCCCACACACCCCCCCUCUCUUCACGAUCCCGCCGUGUUGAAAACAAGCUGUAGAAGAAGAGACGAGUGAAGGAGGCCACCUCCUCCUCCUCCUCCAACCAUCACCCACCAACCGCUUCCUUUGAACAGGCCGACGGAGCUCCGCCUCCUGGCUGCAGGUGGGCGGAGCUUCAGCGUGUUGGAUGUUUAAGUCGGAGCGUCUUCAGAGACCACAACUCACAUCCUCCUCCUGAUCUUUAUGAUCUUUAUCACAGCGAGUAAUGAAGAUCACAACACUAAACGAGUAACGAGAGGACGGCUCCGUCGAUUAGAAACCAACUCUGAGAGGGUUGAUUCUGAGUUUAUGUCCCGGAUAUGAAUUUAGGGAAAUGAUGCAGAAGAUCAUGAAUAUUAUUAUUUAUUUUAUUCUUUUUGUGAUGGAACAGAUGUGAAAGAAAAUCUACCGAAGCUUCAGUGAAGAAAAAGAGCAAAUGUACACCAAAAAAAAGCCUAAAUGUAACAGAAAUAUUAAGCUCAAAAUGAGUAGAAAAAAGUUAUUAAAUCUGGAAAAUUUUAAUGAAAGAAUAUUAAAUCUAAGCAGAAAAGAAAAAUUCCAUGUUACAAAUAUAUAUUAUUAUAAUAUUUUAUGAUAAUAAUCUUUAUUUACAGACACAAUUGAACCAAGAUUAAAGAUUCAUGACGGCGAUAAAUCAGAACAUUAGAAAUAUUACAACAAAUGCAUAAAUAAAUAAAACAUACAGCUCUAACUCUGUCAUUCUGCCUCGACGUCCAUUUUUAAUUCUCAUCUCUUUCUUUCACUCUUUUUAUUUCGCUUCACUGAAAUCCAUCGAAGGAAAAAAUAUAUUUAAUGUCUCAAAAAAAACCAACAAAAAGUUAGAAGACUUUCAGUCGGACGCUGAAGAACAGCUUCAGUUCAUUUUUCAGUCAUUUAAGUUUGUCGCUCCGUCUCCUUUCAGGGGUGAAACAUGGCGGGGGAGGGGUCAGAGGUCACUGCUGUUUGGUUUUGUAGAAGCUUAAAGAGUUAUUAAAUGUUUUGGUAACACUUGAAAUUGAAGCGCAGAAGAAACAAAUGAAUGUUUUUGAUGUUUGUGUGAUGAAGACGAUACCAAAGCUUUUAGUUUGUGUGACUUUAACGGAUAUAAAGAAUGAAGGUUUCUCUCAGAGUGAUGUAAUGAUGGAUUUAUUCUAAUGAAUCUCUGACAUUAAACGAUGGAAAUGAAAA